CGCCAACUGAAGUUCUGACAGUUGAAGUUCAAACAUUCACGCCUGGUCAGUAAAACCCAAGCAAAAACGCGCACAACGCCAUUAACGUUGUUUUGCCAACCCCAGUUCAUAUUUUACGACUCAAGAUGAUGUCCUCUGAUGAACCUGCGGCCCCUCUGCCGCUUGCAGCUGCUCAACUUCAGUUUGCAAAGCUUCAGCGUCAAUACCAACAGACGCUUGACAGGUGGACACCGCACGUCCUCCAGCGGUGGUUGGGAACAUUGGGAUUGCUUAUCAUUUUCAUGCUAAGGAUUGUGCUAUCCGAGGGGUGGUAUAUCGUAUGCUAUGCACUUGCCAUUUACCUUCUCAACCUCUUGUUGGCAUUUUUGCAACCCAGAUUUGAUCCUUCCAUUCAGGACGACUUAAUGGCGGAUGAAAUCGAGGAAGGUGCCGGAGAUGACGGCCCAGCUCUCCCGUCCCAGCGGGAUGACGAGUUUCGGCCCUUCGUCAGGAGGUUGCCUGAGUGGCAGUUUUGGCUAAGUUCCACCCGGGCGGUGUUAGUUGCCCUGUUCUGCACCAUUUCCGAAAUCUUCGAUGUACCGGUGUACUGGCCAAUACUCGUCGUCUACUUCUGUGUGCUGUUUGCGCUAACAAUGAGACGACAAAUACAACAUAUGAUCAAGUACAAGUACAUACCAUUCGACAUCGGCCGCAAAACACGGUACGGUGGAAGCAAUUAAUGUCUUAUCUGGGCUUCUAGAUCUUCGUUACGUGCGGAACCUUGUUGAGGAUUAAUAGACAUUGCCGUCCACACCUGCGCCGGUAGUGUUAGGGACGCUUAGUACGACGCAAGAAUUUCUUGCAUGGCUAUUUAGUACAUCUCUACCUGAUAUUAUAGACCACGUUGAGAAUACCAAGAACCUUCUGAUG